GCCCUCGCGACCCCGGCUCUCCUGGAUUCAGCGCCGCCAUCCCGGGCGAUGCCCCGCUACGAGUUGGCUUUGAUUCUGAAAGCCAUGCGGCGGGGUUGGUACAAUAGGCUUCACUAGACUUAGCUGCAACUCAGAAUUUCUCCUCCAGCACCUGAGUAAAUGCUGAUGGUCUUGUGGAGAGUGGAUUAAGAGUACAAGCUAAGUUCUCAAUCCCAAUUGAGAAGCGGAGGAAAUUUAAACUGUCUCCUUCCAAGUUUAUCACAGCCACCACCAUCAAGACAGCAAACCAAAGGACAAAGACUUUGAACUGCUGUGUUGCUCUGUGUAGUCCAGUGCACGCAUGGUUUACAGACUUGGCUGGGGUUACUAAUAAGUAAAUAAAAAUCUGGACGCUUCUGUCAUUCGGACAUUUCAUUCACAAGUUACCAGAAUGAGGGCUGUACUGGAGACAGCAGACAUUGCCGUAGUGGCCCUGUAUUUUAUCCUGGUCAUGUGCAUUGGUUUUUUUGCCAUGUGGAAAUCUAAUAGAAGCACUGUGAGUGGAUACUUCCUGGCCGGGCGCUCUAUGACCUGGGUGGCAAUUGGUGCCUCUCUGUUUGUGAGUAAUAUUGGGAGUGAACACUUCAUUGGGCUGGCAGGAUCUGGAGCAGCAAGUGGAUUUGCAGUGGGCGCAUGGGAGUUCAAUGCCUUACUGCUCUUGCAACUUCUGGGAUGGGUUUUCAUCCCUAUUUACAUCCGGUCAGGGGUAUAUACCAUGCCUGAAUACUUGUCCAAGAGAUUCGGUGGCCAUAGGAUUCAGGUCUAUUUUGCAGCCUUGUCUCUGCUUCUCUAUAUCUUCACCAAGCUCUCAGUGGAUCUGUAUUCAGGUGCCCUCUUUAUCCAGGAGUCCUUGGGUUGGAACCUUUAUGUGUCUGUCAUCCUGCUCAUUGGCAUGACUGCUCUGCUGACUGUCACCGGAGGCCUUGUUGCAGUAAUCUACACAGACACUCUCCAGGCUGUGCUCAUGAUCAUUGGGGCACUCACACUUAUGGUUAUUAGCAUGGUAAAUAUUGGAGGGUUUGAGGAAGUUAAGAGAAGGUACAUGUUGGCCUCACCCGAUAUUGCUUCCAUUUUGUUGAAGUACAACCUUUCCAACACAAAUUCUUGUAUGGUCAAUCCUAAGGUGAAUGCCCUAAAAAUGUUGAGAGAUCCAACAGAUGAAGAUGUUCCAUGGCCUGGAUUCAUUCUUGGGCAGACCCCAGCCUCGGUUUGGUACUGGUGUGCUGACCAAGUCAUCGUGCAGAGGGUUCUAGCAGCCAAAAACAUUGCUCAUGCUAAAGGCUCUACUCUAAUGGCUGGCUUCUUGAAGCUUCUACCAAUGUUUAUCAUAGUUGUACCAGGAAUGAUUUCCAGGAUACUGUUUGCUAACGAGAUAGCUUGCAUCAACCCAGAACACUGCAUGAAAGUGUGUGGAAGCAGAGCUGGGUGCUCCAAUAUUGCUUACCCACGUCUGGUGAUGACAUUGGUUCCUGUGGGCCUUCGGGGCCUGAUGAUGGCCGUGAUGAUUGCAGCUCUGAUGAGUGACUUGGACUCCAUCUUUAACAGCGCAAGUACCAUAUUCACCCUCGAUGUGUACAAACUUAUCCGCAAGAGUGCAAGCUCUCGAGAACUAAUGAUUGUGGGUAGGAUAUUUGUGGCUUUUAUGGUUGUCAUCAGCAUAGCAUGGGUGCCGAUUAUUGUGGAGAUGCAAGGGGGCCAAAUGUACCUUUACAUCCAGGAGGUGGCAGAUUAUCUGACCCCUCCUGUGGCAGCCCUCUUCCUUCUGGCAAUUUUCUGGAACCGCUGCAAUGAGCAAGGGGCUUUCUAUGGUGGAAUGGCAGGCUUUGUUCUUGGAGCUGUCCGCUUGGUACUGGCUUUUACCUACCGUGCUCCUGAGUGUGACCAACCUGACAACAGGCCGGCCUUCAUCAAAGACAUUCACUAUAUGUAUGUGGCUACAGCAUUAUUUUGGAUCACUGGACUCAUUACUGUAAUUGUUAGUCUUCUCACACCACCUCCCACAAAGGAUCAGAUUCGUACUACUACCUUUUGGUCAAAGAAGAUCCUGGUGACAAAGGAGAGCUGCUCUCAGAAAGACGAACCAUACAAAAUGCAAGAGAAGAGUAUUCUGCAGUGCAGUGAGAAUAGUGAAGUCAUCAGCCACACUAUUCCCAAUGGGAAGUCUGAAGACAGCAUUAAGGGACUCCAGCCUGAAGAUGUUAAUCUGCUGGUGACAUGCCGAGAAGAGGGCAACCAAGUGGCUUCUGUGGGUCAUUCAGAGGCAGAAACGCCAGUAGAUGCUUAUGCCAAUGGGCAAGCAGCCCUCAUGGGUGAGAGAGAGAGAGAGAAAGAAACAGAAAACAGAAGCCGGUAUUGGAAGUUCAUAGACUGGUUUUGUGGCUUUAAAAGUAAAAGCCUUAGCAAGAGGAGUCUCAGAGACUUGAUGGAUGAGGAGGCUGUUUGUUUGCAAAUGUUAGAAGAGACUCCACAGGUUAAAGUGAUACUAAAUGUCGGACUGUUUGCUGUGUGUUCGCUUGGCAUUUUCAUGUUUGUUUAUUUCUCCGUAUGAACCUAAGGAUAUGUGGAGACACUUAAGAGAAAAUGCUGGUCUUUGAAAACACAAAAAUGUAACUGUUGCACCUCUCAGGCACUGUUUACGCUGAAGGUUUUAGCCAAAUUCUACUUAGCAGAAAAAUCAUCUAUUUGCAAGACUAUUUUCCCAGAGAUGAAGGAAAAGUAAAUCUUCAACUUAUAUGAAACAAAGCAAAAUGUAUUGUGCAAAAAAAAAAAAAAAAAAAAAAAAUAAAAUGUGGUUUUAGAGUUUUCUGUACCAAAGUAAGGAGAGACCAAUUAUUCUCAUGCACCACUUAGGACAGGACAUGUGCUAAGGUGUCAUGAGUAAAGUGUCUACAUUGCCAAGUCUUGGUAGACCUUAUGCUGAAGUAAAUUUGCUCAUUUAUAAGGUUUUUGUCUACUAUAGUUAAAAGAUUGAACUCAUAGAGCCGGUAUGACUAGUUAAGUCCCGAAAGUCUGAUGUGUUGUAUAGUACUGAUUUGAGGACAGCUUUGUGUGUGUGCUUGGUUGUUAGCGUGAGUAUGGAUUCUGCUUGCCAAGAGAAAGGAAGAGUGUUUUCCUGCAGGCCUGUAUGGAGAUGUUAGCAACCAGUUUGGAGCAGACUUUGUUCCCAUCCCCUCCCUCUACUUUUUUUCCUACUUAAACUGAACGAUACUCAACUGAUUACCAGUCUGUCUAUAAUUUUGCUUUUAAUUAGGGGGGGAAGUAAAUACUGCUGAUGAUCCCCACAUUUAUUGACCAGAUAAGGAUAUUUUAAAAUAUAGUUUGAGAAUUGCCAGCUACCAUGCAAUUACUGAUAAAUUUAGUGCUAAGUAGAUGAUGAAUCAUUUUUCUACCUGCUUUCUAGCUGCUUCCUUGUCAUUUUGUAACAUUUCUUAUUUGCCAAAUGCCUUCCCAAAUGGGUCCAGCUGUAAGAUGUCCCAGUAUGGUGGAGGAGAGUCAGCACCACUUGUGUGCUGGGUUUGGCACUUGCUUCGUUUGUGAAACAUUUGUCUAAUACUGGUAUCUAUCAUACUGCAUUUUUUAAUAAGUUCUCUUUCUUGUUUCUGUCUUUUUUGAAGAUUUGUUGUGUGUAUACAUCUAUGCCAUUCUAGUCAGCUAGCAUAUGAGUAUGUUUCAUUACAAACUGAAUGUCAGUCAUAGAACACUCAGCAGUCUUACUGCUGAUGAGUGUGGAUUUUCUGUAGGAUGGCCAGGUGUUCCUAGGUUGCCAUGAGCAGGGAAUUUAGGGUUUAGCAGUGUGCUUGUGGGGGAUAUCACACUUGGGGAGAACUUGUGAUAUCAACCUUAUCUUAGCUUGGUAUCCAGUUGCAACAUCCAUGGGCAGUAGAUCUUUUUUAUAGACUGCUUCUCCUAUUGAAGGUAGUGCAGAAGAAAUUUAAGAAAAAUUCUAAGGAUGAUGUGUGUAGUCCUGUGUCUUCAACACUGCCUCUUCUCCACUAGAGAUGACGAAAGCAAAUUCUGUACCUACUUUCUUUAAGCUGAUAACUUUUUAAAUUGCAUGACUUUUAUUAAGCCUUGUACUUAAGGAGAAUUACUACUUUUAUAGAUCAUUUUAUAGCUUUUCAAUCAAACUCAGUCCUGAUAACUAAAACAAAACAAAACUUUUUUUUCUUUUUGUAAUGCAUCAACGUGUUUGCAGAUGAUGGACUUCCUGAGUCCAGUGCUCAGGUUAGGGACUGUCACACAGUCUUCCUAUCUUCUGGAGGGUUUCUGAGGGACUGAGUCUGUAAAUGGAAAAAGUCAUCUCUGUAUGAACAGGAUGCAUUUCUGAAGAACUUAGAGUGCCUUGUACAAUUUUUCUCUCAGUUUCUAUUUUGGGAUUUAUAACCUGGAGCCAAGUAGAUAGGGCCCAUCCUUCUCUGGACUGGGAAAUUAAGAAGUCAGUUUUCAGAUGUGGACUCAGUUGCCUGUGUGUUUAGAUGGAUACCUGUGCUUUGUGUCUGUCUUCUCUUAAACAGUUCUUUUUGAGAUAACCUUUCAGGCUUUGAGAAAGUUACAGAAUCUUGGGUUGUCCAAAUUUGGAUUAAAUUGCAGGAAUUAACAUUUCCUUUGAACACAUUCCUAUGCAAGUUAGCAGAGAUGGACACAUCCUUGUAUGUAUAGCAUAAGUAAGUGAGUAGGAGCUAUUUAUAUGAAUUUCUCCCUUUUAUUUAGUGCCGAGUCCUAAUAAUUUGGAAUGCUAGAGUCCUCUUACCCCCUUUUUGUUGACUUAUAGUAAGGUACAUAAUAUAUACCAUCAUGUGUCUGUCUGUGUGUAAAUAGCUGUAGGUCGAGUUUAGCGAACUAAUGUUCAUAAAUAAGGAAUGACUUAGCAUAUGCAUUAGAUGUUUAUUCUUACCAGUGUGGACAUCAGUUUAUUUAGUCUGAAGUUUCUAAAGCUCGUCUUCCUUAUUGCUUCCCAGUGAUAGAUAAUGUGCUUGACUAUGUGGUGGCAGCCUCAUUUCAGGGGACCAGGCUUCAUGGGUCAUUACAGUGAUUGUUCCUGGAAUGAUACAUGGCUGGAGACUAGCAAAAUGGUCAUCCUUCACAUGCAUGUGAGCCCUAAAAGAUGGUGUGAGUCUGUAGACACUUACACAUGUAUUUUUGUGUUUGUCCAAGCUAAGCUUUGGAAUUGACCAAGAUUGAGAAGUAGUUGUCCUCUGAGUGAAAGCCAAGCUUAUAGAUGCUUUGUCUUCCCAGGCAAUUUUUGUUUGGAUCUAGAUAGAUAGAAGGGCUUUUUCUUUUCUUUUCUCUUCUCUUCUUUUCUUUUCUUUUGUUUCCUUUCCUUUCCUUCCCCCCCCCUCCCUCCCUCCCUCCAUUUUUUUGCCACUGACCUGGAGAAAGAUUGAUGGCUCCUCUGUGGGAUUUCAGGUUUCUUUUUCUCUCAGAAGAUUGUGUCCAGCCAUCCAAUAAACAGCUGGGCUGAUCUCUCCCAGCUGUUCUUUCUAGGAAGUGAUUGCUUUUGUUUUUAGAGAGGCAUCGAGUAAUAGCACUCCAGGGCUUCCUUUUCACCAGCUCAAAGGAUCCAUUAUCUUGCACAAAGAGGCUGACCUGGGUAGUCUGUCCAUGACUUACAGGUGUCACCAUAAGAAAUGAUCAGAGAUCUUUCACUCUGUGAAACUUCCCAUUUAAGAAUAGACCAGUGGAGUUAUGAGUCCUCUGAGUAUGAGGUUAGAAACUUUGUCCAGGGACGUUAAGAAUUCUUAAAUUCCUACAUCAGGAGUUUUUCUUAUUCUAGGUGCAUGAUCUCCUCUCCAAAUAUUGUUUAGUGUAAUCUACAGGUGAGCCUUAUUUUCCACCAAAUAAAUAAGUGUUGUCAUUACUCACUAAAGAAUUAGGUCUAAUUUGGGUGAUAGUGUAGUAUUAAGAUGGCUUCCUCCUUCAUGCCUUAUUCCCUUUCACAGCUCCGUUUAGAGGUGUAAGUAGAAAGGGACCAUAUAGGUUUCUAGUAGUAAUACCUUGCCAUUCUCUAGGUUUACAUUGACAGAUUUGCACAAGACCAUUCCUGUUGAAUUAUGUGACUGUAGAGCCUUGCUUGUGUGCAGAUGUUUUAAGAAGUAAUAAUGAAAGCAAAGUUUCGAGAUGUGACAAAUCCCCGUGUGAUCCAGAUGUGAGGAGCUUGUUAUCUUUAGCAGCAGGGGCUGGAGAGUUAGCUCAUUGGUUGAGAGUACUGCUCUUCCCAAGGACCUGGGUUCAGUUCCUAGCAUCCACAUGGCAGUUCAUAACUUUGUAAUUACAGUUUCAGAAGAUCUGACUCCCUCACAGACAUCCAUGGAGGCAGAACACAAUGUACAUAAAUGAAACAAAACAAAACUGUAAAGGUAUACAGUCACAUUCUUUAAAUUCCAGAUUUUGAAGCACCUGGGCUGUCCGCUGGUAUAAGCCCCUCUCCAGGGAGUAAAGUCCAGCCUGCAAACUCCUAGUUUAAUGUUGUGCAGGAAGAAUAGAUUUGUUAGUACAAUAGAGGCUACUGUGGCUGAUACCUAGUAUUGAUGGUUUAGUAAAAUGGCGCUCUUAGGCUUCGCUAUCGGUAGGCUUGCUCAUCUCCUAAGCAGAGUCUCCAAGUGCUGUUCUGGGUCUCUUGUCUCCAUUGCUCCAUAGCCUGCUCCUUAUGAAGUAUUUUCUGACCUCUUGAGUAGUGCUUGGUUUAUCUCACAUGCUGUCUUGAUGUACAAGUCUUCCUUUGCCCCAGUAUUGAGGACUUAAAACGAAUAAUGAGUUAAACAGCUAACUUUUAAACCUAUUAAACCUACAGUAGCUAAGAAUGUUAUUGAGAAUAAAUGUUUCCAGCAUAACAUUCUUAGAUUUAUCUUUGUUAAUAAUAAAACAGUCAGUAGUGAGUUUUCCCAGACGUCCCUUUGAGAUGACGGUGGCACAUGAUGCAGAAAGAAUGAUUUUUUUGCCAUGAGGGUGAAGGUUUGAGUUAGUUGCUAUAAUGAGAAACACUUGUACCAUUAAGGCACAAGGCUGGUGCAUAAGCAGUUAUGGGCUGAGACCUUCUCAUGAAGACCAUCUCUUGAUUUGCUACUGUCCUGUUACACCGUCCUGCACACUGUAGCUGCUCAGCAGCUGCUUUGACUCCUAGGAGUGAAGUGAGCAGAGAGGUUCUGUGUAAGAACUCGAACAUCACUAGUGCCAAGUCCUUUCCUUAGUCAUGGGUGUCAGCUAAAGUUCUCACUCUCCUGUGCUGACACCAAGGCUUUGCUACUGACUGAUCUUGUAACAGUGUUGUGAAAUUGAUCAUGUUUGUCUCCACUCCUUUGUAAAAGGUAAAGAUUAGUUUGGAGUGUAAGCCACUCAUUUUUUGGCGGCCAGCAGCUGCUGGCCAGUAGCCUUUCGCUCAGAAACAAAGAAAAGAUGUGCUGUGUGUGUGUCUUUACUCUUCAGCAGUGCAUCCUGCAUGUUCUUCCGAUGGUCUGCUUCCUCUGUGUGUGCCAGGAGCAGGGCUCCGUGCUGGUCCGCCCUCCCCCAACCCUUGUUUCACUCCCAGGCAGUGUGUGUCUAGUGAAAUGCUUGUGAUUUUCCCGACAACACAAGUUGACCGUAUACCCACGGCAUAAAUAGAUGAAUUCACCCUACUUUCCUAGUGCUGCUAGAUACAUAAAUUUAUAUAUAAGUAACAUAUACAUUUAAUGUUCAAUUUCUCAAUAUAGCCUAGGCUUCUGAAAAUAGAAUGCCAUUAGUAACUGUUGUGUGGAUGUGUGGGAUGAGUGUGUGCAUUCCUGUGCAUGUGUGUAAAUUGGAGACAAAUUGGACUCAUUGAAAUCUCUAACUGGCAGCUGCUGGUAUACGAGGUUUCCUGUAGUGUAACCAAGUGUUGAGGUUUGUGUUUGGGCUGGUGCCUUCCUUCUGCUUGCCAGUGUUGGUGCACUAGCUACUUUGCACUUGUCCCUUUCUCAGCAGUAAGUAGUCUGUUUCUAAACUUGUAACUAGUGAAGGAAACUAGUACAAAGGACACAUUUAUAUACUUUUAUACAGUCUUUUGGUUCAAGGAAUCAAGGCAGUUGAGUAUCUGUAUUGUAGCUAAAUGUUAUUUAUUCAUCUUUAAUUCCUUUUAUAUGUAUAAUUAAAAUUUAAAGUUACAUUAUAAAUUUGUGUCUAUUUUAAACAACUUCAAUAUAGAUUUGUUAAGGACAUCUGAGGAACGGUAGUUCAUAUUUCCAUGUGUGAGGAGAGGCUAAAGGUCCAUAGAAAGCACAAAACUCUUCACAAGUGUGUGUUUCCACUUGUGAAAAGCACAAACUUAAUCACAUUCUUACUAACCCACAAGUGCCAGUCAUAAGCCCACCCAGUCUUUAUCCAGAACUGUUAGGAAGACCAAAGCCCAGAAAGCCUAGGUGGUGAGCUUGCUGCCACAGCCCAGUCCACGGUGAGAUCACUCUGUCUGUGUAGCUUUGAUGGAGAGAGCAAUUGGUUAUAUUUGGGGGUUACAGGGGAAAAUGAGGCCUGGACACAGAUACACAAUCUGAAACUGAAACAGAGACAGUCAAAUUUCUGGUGGACAGAGUAGGUGACAGUUUUGUAAGUGUAGUAAUUUGAACAGUUAAAAAAAAAAUCUCAUCUAGAAGAAAUAUUUAUUACCUGCCAACAGUGCUCUAAAGACAUGAAAAUAUUCACAUUAAAUAGUGCAAGUACUAUUUUGAUUUAUAUAGUUUAUAUGAGAUGACGUUACCUUUGUUUUCUUUAUGUGCCUGACUACUUUUUAGUAGAAAGUUGGACUCUGUAUUCUGAACAUCACACUGUUCCUGGACAGAUUCAACAUGACACUGCUUUUCACAGUGGCACUAAAACUUUUCAAUCCAUUCCGUGAACUCCUAGACUGGAAAGCUGUAGGUGUGCGCACAGAAAUGAAGAAGGCAUUUCUUCCCACUCAGCAUCCAUCACCUUCCCCUUGGUUUCCUCACCGCCAAAUAGUCCCAUGUUUACUGGGAGUGAGAUUGAGCCGUGUUGACUUCUGUCUACAUUUUAAGAUACAGCUCUCAGAAAAGAGAGUGCCUCUUCUAUUUGGGUACUUUUCUUCUUAGGGAGAGGUUUGGUAACCUCUAACAAAGAUCUUAGAUGGCAUAGACCAGUGUUGCUGUGUGUGUGUGAGUGUGUGUGUGUGAGAGAGAGAAAGAGAGAGAUCAACAAGGUCUUGGUAUGUGAUAUGUCUUAGAAGAGUUCACUUGAACACUGAUGGAGAGAUUUUUCCCUCCAGCAAAAAGCUAGGCAUGUGUACCCAUAACAGAAUUUUGCAGUGGGUAACCUUGAGGUUACAGUGUGGGGGUGGGAGCUGAGGGGAGGAGCGUGUGAGGACUGUCCUUGGCUUAGCAAUAUGUGAUAGUGUAGAACAGUUAACCUUUUAGGCCUAAAGACUGUGUAUUCUGUACCUUUAAGAGUUUAUUACAACGUUAUGAAAUACUUGUUAAAAUUUCUUUGGCAGAAAUGUUUUUCAUUUAUAAGUUCAUGAACAACUGCUUUAGUUAGACUAAGUGAAAUGUAGUUAUAGCAGUGUAAAUAUGUAUAAUUUCCUAAUUUCACUGUGAGAUUUCAGACAUUUGAGUGGCAAACAGAUCACCAAGUCUUUAGCUGAUGGACUUGUCUGUGGGGUUAGUAAGAUGUAAAAGCUUUAUUUUUUUUUAAUAGCUGCAAACUGUGGUAGUGUCUGAUGAUGGUAUGGAGCCAUUACUUCCCCACCUGCCCGCCUGCCCUCGCUCCCCCUCCCUCUCUCCCUCCCUCCUUUCCUCAUUGGUCGGUCUUGCUUCAGUCUGUGAGGGCCUGCAAUGGUGAGACCCAGCAGGCCUUGCCCGGCCCUUGCCUGGCUGCCUUUGUCUAGAGCUGUUGUUAAUCACCUUGUGGACUCUUAGGCUUUUCUGCUUUGCUUUGCUUGUUGUUGUUGUUUUCGUUCUUUUCCUUUUUUGACAAGAUGGAUAUCAAAAAUAGUUGCUGUGCAAAAGUUAGUAGUCUUCUUCAAGAAGAAAACAAUUCCUUUUCUAAUAAUAUCAUGUGAAAUUGCUUCAUUCAUUCCUUUAUUUUAAAGCCAAAUGUCAGCAGAAUACUGCUGUUUUUAUCUAAAUAAUUUUGAUAUGUAAGUAUUAAUGCAUUUAAAAAGAUGUCUGCGCUGAGAAAUACUUCCCCAGUGUACUGCUUGUGAAAACUUUGCUCAGAUUUCUGGCUAAUACAGCAGUCAGUAUUACUGGGACUGUGUAUUAUAUACAUGUGUUAUUUUAGUCUGGUAUUGUUGUAGACCAAGUCUGGUUAUAAUAGAGUAGAUUAAUACCAAUUUGUUAUCAGUUAAUUUUUAAUUACUUCCAGUUUAUUCUGUCCUCAGACUCUUUCGGUUUCAAAUUCCACUAAUCGGGUCCAUUUCAUUGUGUAAGGCUUUAGAUUCAAAGAAAAUAGAAUUUGGUGGUUAUUUCCAUCUUGAAAGGAAAACAAUUAAAAUUAUAGAUUUAAAAUUGUUAAUUAUCUGUGACAAUUUUAACUUGUCUAUACUGUAUACAACUGAUUUUUAAAACUGUAGACAUGUAUGAUCUUGGUUUACUGUGUUAAGUGUUGCUGUUGUUUAAAAAUGGGGAACAACCCGAAGCAGAUGUGCUUGGAGAGCUGCUGGCUUUCAUUCUAACACAGACUCUGUUCUUUGUGUACGCGUGUUAUUUUGCCAGCUGCUACAUUAGCCUGCAGAAGUAUUUGAAAAUUUAAGAUGAAUAUAUUUCUUGCAAAGUCCGUUCCUUUCUGUGGUAUUUUGUCCUGUAACUGAAGUGUAGUAAUUAUUUUAUGGAAAUGUUAGAACUUCUGUACCAACUUUGAAUAAAAUGAAAAAUUUA